UUUUGUUCCAUCGCCAAAUCAAACACAAGAUUGCAGAAAGCGCCAAAUUUUUACGUUUAUUAGGAUUUAGAUAUACUUUUAGUUUGUUAAAUUAAAGAACGAGUAUUAUAAAAAUCAGUCCAGAGAAGGCAAACUCAAUUAGUCGGCAGCGGUUCAUUCAUACGUUUGUCACAUCAUGUCCUUCUUUGGAUCGAGUACACCGCUGGGAGCAACGAGCACGCCGGCCAAAACUGGCGGCAUGUUUGGUUCACCAUUUGGAACGACGACCGGAGCUGGUCAAGCAGUGUCAGCAUUCGGCACCCCGGCGACAGCUGCUCCAGCGUUUGGAACCGCAUCAGCGACGCCCGCUUUCGGAGGCGGAACUGCUUUCGGCGGGGCCACGACUGGGCAAGGCUUUGGAGCACAGGCGGCCGCACCAGGCUUUGGCACUGGCGCUGCUGCUUCAACUUUUGGUACUCCCACAUCUGCGCCACCCUUUGGCGGCUCUGCUUUUGGUGGUGCACAAGGUUUUGGAGCUGCCCAGACAACAACAGCGACAACAGGACUUGGCGGAGGUUUCGGCGGAUUCGGCACUGCUCCGGCAACAGGUCAGGGAGGUUUGUUUGCCGCUCCAGCGACGAGCACUGCGCCACCGGCAUUUAGUGGAUUUGGUCAGCCGGCCGCUACCAGCACAGCGCCAGCGAGUGGAUUUGCUGGCUUUGGUGCAACAACGACCACGGCGCCAGCAUUCGGUGGCUUUGGAGGUGCCCAGACGACAGGAUUUGGCGGUAGUGUCUUUGGCUCCAACUUUGGAAAGCCGUCGAAUAGCACAGUAACUCCUGGCUUUGGUGGCUUCGGUGGCACCAGUUUUAUGCUCGGCCAGCCUCAACAGCAGCCCGCACCCAUAUCAGCCGAUGAGGCGUUUGCUCAUUCUAUUCUGAACGUCUCAAUAUUUGGCGAUGAGCGAGAUAACAUUGUGGCCAAGUGGAACUAUCUGCAGUCCAUGUGGGGCACAGGAAAGCUGUUCUAUUCGCAGAGUGCGCCCCCAGUCGACAUCACGCCGGAGAAUUACCUGUGCCGCUUCAAGGCCAUCGGGUACAGUCGCAUGCCAGGCAAGGAUAACAAAUUGGGACUCGUGGCUUUGAAUUUUGACAGGGAUCUUUCGGCCAUCAAACCGCACCAGCAACAAGUGAUUCAAACGCUGCACAGCUUGUUCGGCAGCAAGCCCAACAUGAUGGUGCACAUUGAAACCAUCAAAGAGUUGGAGAAUAAGAAGUGUCAGAUGGUUAUCUACGUGGAUGAGAAACUGCAGCAUGCACCGAACGAGGGCAAGCGGAUAUUGGCCACUGAGCUCUCGAACUAUUUGAACCAGGCGUCGCUUAAGCCUCAGCUCACCAAUCUGGGGAUUGUGGAAGCAUUGGCUCUGGUGUUGCCGGACGAGGAUCAACUCAAGGAGUACCUAGAGAAUCCUCCCCGAGGUGUAGAUCCCCGCAUGUGGCGUCAAGCUAAUUUGGAUAAUCCAGACGCUUUUAAGUUCCUGCCUGUCCCGAUGAUCGGCUUCAACGACCUGAAGUGGCGCGUCAAGUGCCAGGAGCAGGAAACAGACACGCAUGCCCUGUACAUGAAGAAAGUGGAGGGAGAACUGACGGAACUGAGACACCGGCAUGCCACGGCAUCGGCCAAAAUCUUGGAGCAUAAACGCAAGCUGGCUGAACUCAGCCAUCGCAUACUUAGGAUUAUUGUGAAGCAAGAGUGCACGCGGAAGGUGGGCUCCUCGCUGUCACCCGAAGAGGAGGCGUUGCGCACCAAGCUACAGAGCAUGCAGGCCGUGGUAUCGGCACCCACACAGUUCAAGGGGCGGCUCAGCGAGCUGCUGUCCCAGAUGCGAAUGCAGCGGAAUCAGUUUGCUGGCAAUUGUGGGUCCGAGUAUACGAUGGACCCGGAGGCCGAGGACGAGAUGAAGAAUUUUUUGACCAUGCAACAGCGCGCCAUGGAAGUGCUGAGUGAGACUGUCAAUAAGGACCUCAAAGCCCUUGAUGUUAUUGUAAAAGGAUUGCCCGAACUUAAGCAGGCAUGAUCGAUGCAGGAGCGAAACCGUUUAAUAAAUUACGAACCAAUGUCCGAGUCAAUGAA